GCAAGGAAAAUUAGCUAGCAAAGAACAUCAAGGAUAGUUAGCUGUGCACGUGUUUAAGCUAACACCAACAACAUUUGGCAUUUAGUCGCUAAGCAUGUUGCAGCGUUCAGCGCUGAGUCGCAUUGAGAGGUCUGCAGGAGCAUCUACGUCACAGAGCGUGCCCGCAGCGCUAUGGCCGCCUGUCCAGCGACCAAGGGGCCGGGCGCAGCGACGACGGGUUCGCGCAUCACCUGAGCUUGUUGACGCGCUUUCCCAGCUCGCGGUGCACCUGCCUCUGGAGCAGAUAGCAGCGCCUUGCCAGGUUAUGAAGUGUGGAGAUAUCGUUUAUCGCAGCACUUUGGACCCUGCACAUUACAAAACUGGAGGCUUUGACUGGCGCACCGCAACGUUGCUGGCGACGGUGCUUGGAUACUUGUUCUUACCGCCAGGUGUGCUGCCUGGCGCAUUCGACUACUACAUUAAAGCACCGCUGAAACGCAGAGAGUCGAGAGUCAUCGACAAGAAUGACAUUAUUCUCGGGAAGCGGCUGGGCACUGGCGGCUUCGGCACCGUGUAUAAAGGGGAACUCAAGGAGGAGGGAGGCGGCCGUACACCCAUCAUCAUUAAAAAGGCCAAGGAGUUCGGCGAGGCGGAGGUGUGGAUGAACGAGCGCAUGAGCCGCGUGCCGGGCAACCACACCGCGGAGUUCGUGACCGCAUUCGACGAAUCCCUCUCCGCAACUUCGCCACCACCACCCUCAUCAUCAGCAGCGGGGGGAGCAGCGGGGGCAGGAGGAGGAGCAGCGGGAGCGGGGGCAGCAGCAGGAAACCGUGCGGGGGCGGCAGCAGGUGCAGGGGCGGGAGCAGGAGGUCUGGAUGGUGGGGCUAUCUGGCUGGUUUGGUACUACGAGGGGGACAACACCCUGAUGUCGCUGAUGGAGCGCCGCGAGUUUCCGUACAACCUGGAGCCGCUGCUGUUUGGUCGGGAGCUGCGUGCACCCCGGGGUCCGGCGAGGGAGGCGGUGACGGUGAAGGAGGCGAUGCGGCAGCUGCUGGCAGCGGUGGCGGCGUGUCAUGCGAAUGGCAUCGUACAUCGAGACAUCAAGCCCGCCAACGCCAUCAUCUCCAGCCGCGAUCGCAAACUCAAACUGAUCGACCUGGGAGCGGCUGCCGACCUGCGCAUCGGCAUCAACUACGUGCCCAAUGAGUACCUGCUGGACCCGCGGUACGCGCCGCCGCAGCAGUACAUCAUGAGCACACAGACCCCGCACCCGCCCCCCAAGCCCGUCGCCGCCUUCCUCUCCCCCGUGCUGUGGGCCAUGGAGCGACCCGACCGGUUCGACAUGUACAGCUGCGGCGUCACCAUGCUGCAGCUGGUGUUCCCACACCUGCGCAACGAUAACACGCUGUGCGCCUUUAACAAGCGGCUGCAGGACCUCAAGUGGGACCUUGCCGCCUGGCGCCGCGAGGAGGCCGCCCGCCUAGCCUCGGGCGCCGCCAAGGGGCAGCAAGGGGACAGCCUGGCAACGGGCUUCGCAGCCCUGGAUGCGGAGGGAGGCGCGGGCUGGGACCUGCUGAGCAGGCUCAUGGCGUACACACCGGCGGACAGGCCCUCCGCUGCCGAGGCGCUGGCCCACCCCUGGCUCUCCUCCGCGCCCGGCCGCGCCGCCUCCCGCCAGGGCUCCCUCACCGCGGCUGCGGAGGCGGCGGUGGGGUCGGCGGCCGCAGCCACCAGCGCGGCGCUCAGCAACGCGGGGAGGAGCCUGGGGAGGGCGGCGGAGGUGGCGAACAUGACGGAAGCCAUCCUGAAGACGCAGCAGGGGGCGCUCACUGAGGCUCAGCUGCUGGAGGAGCUUGGCCUGCAGGAGCCCGCCCCCCUGGCGCCCCGAGAGGGCAGUCAGACCAUCGCCUGGUGGCAGCAGCGGCAGGGGGAGCUGCGGGCCCGGCUGGUGGAGAGGCGGGAGAGGCUGAGGCAGCAGGUGAGCAGUGCGGUCAACAGCGUACGGGGGGUACGGCAGGGAGGGGGCGGAGGAGGUGCGGGAGCAGCAGGCGGCGGCAGCGGAAAAGCAGGCGGCGGCAAGUGGGGCUCAGGCGAGGGAGCGGCGGCUGCGGGUGCUGCGGUGGCGGCUGCUGCAGCUGCUUCGAGUGGGAGUGGAAAGAUGAAACUGAAGGUGCCCAUGAUUCUGGGAGGCGUCGCCGCUGCGAAGAGGGCCCCGGGCUCUGGCGGUUACAACGCCGCCCCCGCCAACAACAACAAUGGUAACGGUAACGGCGCCAACGGAAACGGCAAGGCGGUUGCAUCCAACGGUAACGGUAAGUAUGCCGCUGCCUCCAACGGCAACGGCAAUGGCAAUGGCAAUGGCGUCGUCGGCCGCGGGAAGGGCUCGACGCCUGGCGCUGUACCUGCUGCUGCUGCUGCUAACGGCAACGGUUUUGCGAAGGCUAUUAGCAGGAGCUUCUCCAGCUAUGACGGGGGUGACGAUGGAGGCGAGGAGGGGUAUGAUGGUGUGGUCGGGGAGGAGCAGGAGCAGCAGCGGCAGGGAGGGGUGUCAGCGAAGGAGAAGGUGUUCGACCUUCUAGGCGUGUUUCGUCGGUGAUGGGUAAUAGGGGCUGGAAAUACCGCAUUAUCGGGUGUGGGGGCGGAGAGGGUGAUGAGAGAGGAUGAGGGCCUUUCAUUGUUAUAGCGAGAAAGACGAGGAGAAGCGGAGACGAAGAGGGGUGUGAAAGCCAAAGUGAGCUGGACUUACAAGAGACGCGGGCCAGAGCGGAGUUGCGGUUUAGGGGAGGAGAUGAAUGAUGAGAGGAAGCAAGAGGGUCGCAGAUGACGAGGGUAUAGCCUUGGCAUAAGCCACAGGAGAGCACGAGGGAAGAAACGGAGAGAGGGGGGUUGGCACGUACUGUUGUCAGGCUGAGCUUUUCUGUUAUCUUAUAUUUGGUUUAUAAUAGAGGCAGGCGGCCCCCUGAAUCCUCUCUAUUAUGGCCAAUGGAGGUGACCCAUGGGUCACAGACGUGCUGCAGUCCUGUCCGGUGGUAGGUAGACCGUCCGUUCGCCUGAAGGUAUGCUGCUGCGGCCCCAUCACCGUUAUCGGGGUCACACUUUGGAGACACUGGCAGGUUCCCCGCGCCUGCUCGUGAUGAGGAUACAGUGGGAAACCAACGCCAUCAGCUGUGGCGCGGUCAUGCAACGCCGUUUGGUUGAGUGAAAACGCUGGACGGGAGUGCAAUUUGAGGAUUUGAGAUUGAGACGAAGGUUGUGUAACUUGUGGCGCGCAGUUUGCAUGGUGGCUAUGAAAGGGGUGUGCGUGUUUGUCAUAAACAUGUCGGCGUGUGUUGAGGGCAGGUAGAGGGCUCUGUCCUACAACCGACCAUGCUGCGUGUCAAGGGUCAAGGGUCAAGGGUCAAGGGUCAAGGCCCUACAACUGAAGCAAUGGUUUCCUUUGGCGGAUUAUGGUUGGCUGGUUUGGGCUGUACGGGGCUACGUCAGGUUAGCAAUUGGCCCAAGUGGCGCAACGUCGGCCUUAAACUUUCACAUGGCCGCUAGUUCUCUGUUUACGGCGUUACGUGGUACGGCGUUGUGUGGUAAAGAUGGUUUUGGAGUGGCACGUCGGUGUGACAGUUGGAGGAUGAAUGCGCCGGCCCACAUUGCUACACAGCAAGCAAUGGAGGGUACCGUACGUGUUUGGCAUCUGCAAUUUUGAUAUGUUUGUUACUUCCUUGGCGCAUUUCAAUUCCAAUACCUCAAUGUUUAAUGAAGCUGUCGUACGAAACGCUUCUUACUCGGAAGGCAGGCGUUUCAAAUGCUUAUAUAGGGCGUGUGGAGAGGAGGCAUGUACGGCACAGUGACAAGAAACCCGCAUGUUCUUGUCACACGUCGCGGGUUAAGGAAUUGCGGCGACAAACUGCAUGUUGUCUGAGACGUUGAACCCCGUUGAGAGCUCGGGCUAUGGUGUUCAAUCUGAACUGCCAGCGUGGGAAAUUGAGUUAUAGCUUAUAGCGUAUACGUAGGGUACCUGUUGUGGCUUUGUUGGGUUGGGAACCUUUGGAAGAUUGGAAUACGUGCAUUGGUCUUGCCAGUUGGCAACACAGCUACCGCGUCUGCCUGCUGUUCAUGUCUGGGACUCGUGCUGGGGGUAGCAUUUG